AUGAACCCAAUUAUUACCACUUGCCUCGGUGCCUUGGUGGGCAUCCUGAAGAUCGAUGGAUUCAAACUGUGCCCCUCCCGCUGCUCCUGCUAUGAUUUCUCCCAUUUCGUGGACUGUAGAAGGCGUUCCCUGACCUCCAUCCCGAGGGAUAUCCCGCACGGCACAUGGAUGCUGGAUAUUAGAUACAACAACCUGACCGAGAUCCCCGGUGGUUCCUUCAGCGGGCUGUGGUCCACGCGGAUAGUCCUGCUGGCGGGCAAUCGAAUCCAUCGCAUCCAUACAGGAGCCUUUGAGUCAUUGAAUUUUCUGGAUAACCUGGAUCUGGAUCAAAAUCGUAUAAAGUUCCUGCCCGGGGAUCUUUCUGAUAGCCUGGAGCACUUGAUAGAGCUGAGACUGUCGAAUAACCACAUUGAAUACGUACACGGCAACAGCAUGCGGAAUCUGCAAAGCCUGCAGAAGUUGGACUUGAGCGGCAACUGGAUCACGUCCAUGGAAAGCGGGGUUUUCAGAGGUCUGUCCAAACUCCGCACUCUGUUGCUGAAAAACAACAGGCUGACUGUCAUUGAAAAUGGAUACUUCCUCAUGCUACAAAGUCUGGAAGCUCUCCACUUGGAGAAUAACAACAUUUCAGCCAUCCAGGGAGAAGCCUUUGGCUCUCUGCGGAGCUUGAAUCUCCUGUGUUUGAAUGGAAAUCAUCUGAGUCACAUCAAGUUCAAAACGUUUCUGAACAUUCAGACCCAAGGGACCCACCUGCUGCUCGCUCGCAAUCACUGGACAUGUGACUGCGAUCUCCAGAGAGUGUUUGGGAAGAUCUUAAGUGUUCGACACCUGCAUGUGGACGAUUACAGCAACAUCACUUGUUCCGAUCCUGGACAGCUCCUGGGAUACCCACUGGUGGCAGUGGAUUCGCAGCUGUGCGUGGCCGAGACAGCCACGGUCUUGGUGAUAACUGGCACGGUGCUGGUCACUGUCAUCGCUGCCGUCGUCAUGGCCGAAAGGAACCGAAAGAAAACCAGGAACAAGAGCUGGAACGACAGCGAUGGGCCCUUUGACUCCCAGGAGAAAUGA